AUGGAUAACAAGGCCAAGUGGAAUUUGGCAGCUGCUCCGUUCAAGGGGCCUAAUCUUUUUGGGGAGGCCCUCGACCCCAUUCUGGUCAAGAAUAAGGAUAAAAAGAAAGUUCUGCCAUCUAACGCUAAGAAGCCCGAGGCUAGGACAGAAACUGUUUCCAGCACCAGUCCAGACGGCCCUUUCGUGGAGGAGGAGGCCGUCCCUUCCGCAGGGGGAAGUGACUUGAACCCGAGUCAUCCCAUCGAUGGCCGCCUUUCCCUCUAUGCAGAUCAAUGGGACGAGAUCAUGUCAGACACUUGGGUCCAAGCCACGUUCAUCACGGUCUCAGUGAAGGCUCAUGAGCUGCUCCCAGAUCAAGGUCCUUCUACCAGCAGAAGUAUCCUGAUCCUUAAUAUGGUGGAGGUUCCCAGCUAUCACCAAGGGGGAAUACUUCAGGACUCCAGACCAAGUGACGGUCACUACGGAUGCCAGUCUAUUUGGAUGGGGUGCCUAUGUACAGGCACAGAUGACACAGGGACAAUGGAGCCAGGUGGAACUAGCUCACAACAUAAACUGGUCCAUCCAUUCCUGCAAAGCCCUCAGUUUCAUAAUGGUUCCAUGGAUGGAGUCUAUUUGGAUGAAAAUAGAGAACUGGCAGCUGACCUGGACAUCAUGAGCUGGAUUAUGUUCCCCAACAAGUCCUUCUCCAAACUGAAACUAGGAGAUCUAGAAAGACAAGGAUCCCCAGAUCUCAAGUUUACUCUUGAUCAGGAUGGCUUUGCAAAACUGAAAUGGCUCAAAAAGCUCCAUCCAUUCCUGCAAAGCCCUCAUUUUCAUAAUGGCUCCAUGGAUGGAGUCUAUUUGGAUGAAAAUAGAGAACUGGCAGCUGAUCUGGACAUCAUGAGCUGGAUUAUGUGCCCCAACAAGUCCUUCUCCAAACUGAAACUAGGAGAUCUAGAAAGACAAGGCUCCCCAGAUCUCAAGUUUAUUCUUGAUCAGGAUGGUUUUGCAAAACUGAAAUGGCUCAAGAAGCUGCAUCCAUUCCUGCAAAGCCCUCAUUUUCAUAAUGGUUCCAUGGAUGGAGUCUAUUUGGAUGAAAACAGAGAUCUGGAAGCUGACUUGGACAUCAUGAGCUGGAUUAUGUUCCCCAACAAGUCCUUCUCCAAACUAAAACUAGGAGAUCUAGAAAGACAAGGAUCCCCAGAUCUCAAGUUUACUCUCAAUCAGGAUGGUUUUGCAAAACUGAAAUGGCUCAAGAAGGGCCUCCCUACUUCCAGAUGUGUGGAAAGUUGUCAACCUGGAUUCGCUAAGGCGACUCAGGAAGGAGAACCCAUCUGCUGUUACCUCUGCCUUCCCUGUGCAGAAGGAACCUUCUCCACUCAGGAAGAUACAGAAAAAUGUACCAAAUGUCCAGAAGAUCAACAUCCAAACAGCAAUCGGGACCACUGUAUUCCCAAGAUUAUAAACUAUCUGUCUUAUAAAGGAAAUGUGGGGAUCACCCUGACUUCCAUUGCCUUGUUCCUUUCUUUAACUACAAGCUUUGUCUUGUGGAUCUUCAUUAAAUUCCUGGAAACACCAAUUGUCAAAGCCAACAACCGGGACCUCUCCUACAUCCUCUUGGUCUCCCUCUUGCUUUCUAUCUUGACCACCUUCCUCUUCAUUGGCCAGCCAAGGAGAGUGACCUGCCUUCUCCGACAAACAGCCUUCAGUAUUAUUUUCUCAAUAGCCAUUUCUUCCAUCUUGGCCAAAACAAUCACAGUGGUUUUGGCUUUCUUAGCUACAAAACCAGGGAAUAAGAUGCAGAGAUGGCUGGGGAAGGGUUUUGCCAACUCUAUCAUCCUUUUUUGCUCUGCGGUCCAAGUUGUCAUCUGCACCAUCUGGUUGAGCAUCUUUCCUCCUUUUCCUGACACUGACAUGCACUCCCAACCUAGAGAGAUCAUCCUACAGUGCAAUGAAGGCAGUGUCACCAUGUUCUACUCUGCCCUUGGCUACAUGGGUUUUCUGGCCAUUGUUUGCUUCACAGUGGCUUUCCUGGCCAGGAAUCUACCUGGGGUUUUCAAUGAAGCCAAGCUGAUCACCUUCAGCAUGCUGGUCUUUUGUAGUGUUUGGGUGUCCUUCGUGCCCGCCUACCUGAGCACCAAGGGGAAGUAUAUGGUGGCUGUACAGGUCUUCUCCAUCUUGGCUUCCAGUGCUGGCCUGUUGGCCUGCAUCUUCAUCCCCAAGUGCUAUAUCAUUAUUCUCAGACCAGAUCUAAAUACAAAAGAACAUGUGAUGUUGAAAUUAAAUAUAAAAUGA